AUGGCACCCCCCAAACGCGUCGUCUCCCCCUCAUCGCCUUCAGGAUCAUCAGCGAAGAAGGUUCGUGCCCUCCCAAGUGGCGCUGAAUUUGAGACGCAACCACCGGAUGAUCAGGGGUUAUCCUCGGUGGACGGAGAAGCAGUAGGCGAACCUGCUACCGUUGAAGACAUUGUUGUCGGUGGAAGCACUCACCUGGCUGCGCCAUUGGCGGGCGGGUGUGCGUUGGAAGAGUCUCCUCAGGCUGGGCUGGCGGAACUGGAGUAUGUGGAUGAUCCUUUCUCCGACGAGCAACAUGCGGCUUGGGAUGCAAGGGUAAUGUUGGCCGUCCGCAAGGAGGGUAUCUCUCCACAGGUCUUCCCUCUUACUGUUGCUGUUGCUCUACUGCAAAUUAUUCUUCGCGACAUCAAGACAUCUGUCAAACCUGCGCUACUGGAUCGUGACGAGAUCAAGAUCUUUGAGCUUCUACUACAACAUCGAGACAUGCUGCUCCCCGCGUUAGAGCAAGCCCUUCGAAUAGGACGGUUUGCUGCUGUACGUCGUAUGGCGCUACUCCGCGAGGAUGCGACAUCUUCGUCAUCUGAGGGGGCCGAGGCUAAUUUCAUUCAUGCACCACCAUCGGACCCGGUAGAGCCUCUGCAGCCGCAGGCUCAAACUCCGAUGUCUUUCGGGGACAUGAAGAGUGCUAUCCUCGAUUUUGAAGAGAAAAUACGUCCUGAACUGAAACGAUACAUCGUGGGCAACCACCCUACAUUCAAUCCUCCAUCUUCAGCAGUGAACGACAGCACCCUUUUCAUAGAUGGUAUGGGAGGUAUGUCUGAGAAGGACCCUGCCGUGCGAGAACGAGUCGAAAAACUCUUCUCUGGCGAAAUGGAUGCCGAUCAAAAUCUUCGUGUCUUGUUCAAUGCUCCUGGUACAGGAAAGACUACGCUGCUUGUCGAAGGCUUGUGUCGCUACUGGGGUCUAUAUGUGGUGUCAUGCGAUGACAAAAAGGAUCCCUUGGGAUCCAAAGACGCCGAUACUGCAUGGAACGUUCUUCAAAUGGAUCCUGGAUUCACUCCUAAGGUACCCCUCACACCGACCAAGAACCACGCAGUUGCAAAUAAUGUCAAGAUCGCUGCGCGAACAUUCCGUUUGGUCUUGCUCGCACGCUUGAGCAUCUUCGAUUUCUUCCUCCGUUGCGCUCCACCACAUGUCGACGAGGCGGACUUACGACGCCGGUGGCUGUACCUUCAACUUCGACCUUCUGGCCUAUUCCGAAAAAUGGACAUCUUUGAUGAAUUAUUCCAAGCGAUACAUACAGUUCAAGAUGACAAUGCGGUGGCACGUAGAAUCUACGAGUUAGAGAAGGCCAUUCGCGAUGAUGUCCAUGUCAACGUCGGUUCUCUCUUCUUUGUACUUGACCAAGCCGAGGUCGCAUCAGAGAGGGGAACAGAGGCUUUCUGGUCAUCAACGUCUGGCGGGGGGCAUGGAAGUGUGCUGGGCGAGAUGUACAAUGCUUGGUCCGAAUUCUCUAUGGCUAUGAUUAUCUCUGGGACUGUUCUUCCACUAGAGCUCCUCACGAACUCAAUACAUACACGACGGGAAAGGAAAUAA